ACCCGACGCAGCCAUUCUAGUUCCAUCUUCUCAAAACCAUUGAGGCUGUCGGCGUAGCCAAGAUGCCGCCAGCGGCGGCGCCUCCUCUCCCUUGCCUGGAAUGAGCUGCCCCAAUGGCCCUUCACGCCCCCUGCGACGAUGCCGUGAGGCCGUGUCUGACCUAGCGAUGGUCCUCCUCACCGCGCUCGGCCCCGGGGCGGCGCGGCUCUUUUACUAUCCGACCCUUCUGUACACGCUGGUGAGGGAGCAGUUGCCCGGCUCUCAACGGCCAUGGUUCAGCCGCAUCGACCAUGCCGUGCUCUUGGGGGCGCUGCCGCUGCGGGGACGGUGCCGCCAGCUGGUAGAGGAGGAGAAUGUCCGAGGUGUGCUCACCAUGAACGAAGAGUAUGAGACUCGCUUCCUGUGUUGCUCCCCAGAGGAGUGGGGAGCAAUGGGAGUAGAACAGCUGCGCCUUAGCACUGUGGACCUGACUGGAGUCCCCUCGUUGGAAAACCUGCACAAAGGUGUAGAGUUUGUACUGAAGCAUCGCGAACGUGGGAAUAGCGUUUAUGUGCACUGCAAAGCUGGCCGCUUUCGCAGUGCCACCAUGGUGGCUGCUUACUUAAUUCAGCUCCACCAGUGGACCCCUCAAGAAGCAAUAGAAGCCAUUGCUAAGAUCCGGCCUCAUAUCAUCAUCCGCAGUAAACAAGUUCAGUUGCUAGAGGACUUUCAUAAGCGUGUAAGUGUUGGAACUCCUAUACAGUCACAGCAAGAGCUGCCAGAGCACAAGGCCCCAGAGACCCAGCAAGAGCUGCCAGAGGGGGAGCACAAGGAGCCACCUGACAUUCGGGAUACUCCUCUGAAAACACCUGGUUCCUAAUACGUUGUUUAGGAAUGGACCACAGUUGUCUCUACUACCUACCAAUAAGCUUCCUGAACCAUUAGAAUAAGAGUUCUAACAACUCCCAGCUUUAUGUGAGCGUAUUUUGCCUCAACUGUCUCUGCUGUUACUGCCUCCUGCUAGUUUCAGAGCAGAUGCAUGGGAACACUCUUUACAGUGCCUCUUUCUCAAAUACAAGCAAUUCUGAAACCACAA